GCAGCAUCAUGGGGAACGCGCCCGGUACAUCAGUGGAGGAGCUCAGCGCCUGUGAGUCUCACCAGUGGUACCGCAAAUUCAUGACCGAGUGUCCGUCCGGCCAGCUCACCUUCUACGAGUUCAAGAAGUUCUUCGGCCUCAAGAAUCUGUCCGAGAAAUCGAACGAAUACGUCACGACCAUGUUCCAGACGUUCGAUAUGAAUGACGAUGGCUGUAUUGAUUUCAUGGAGUAUGUGGCGGCUCUGAGUCUGGUCCUGAAAGGUGGCGUUCAGCAGAAACUGCGCUGGUAUUUUAAACUCUACGAUGUGGACGGCAGCGGCUGCAUCGACCGCGAGGAGCUGCUGCUGAUUGUUAAGGCCAUUCGAGCGAUCAGUGGAGUCGAGCAGGAGGUUUCAGCAGAAGAGUUUACUAACAUGGUGUUUGACAAGAUCGAUCUCAACGGAGACGGAGUGUUGACUAUGGAGGAGUUUAUGGAGGGCAUUCAGGCAGACGAGUAUCUCUCCACCAUGCUGACUCAGAGUCUGGAUCUCACACACAUCGUCAACAAAAUCUACAGCGAGAUCCACUGUGAGCAGGAGCCGCACUGACCCCAGACCAGCACACAGCA